CGCGCGGUGCGGCAAGGGGCGGCUCCGGCAGAGGUGAGCGGGCCCGGAGCGAGGCGCGCCCGGGGCUGGGCGGCGAGAAGUGGCGCUGCGGGCCGGGGAGCUUCCGUGGGAGCCGGCUGGGAGCGCUGGUCGGCUGCCGAUGGACCGCGCGCUCGGGGCAGGUGGAGGAGCAGCCCGGGUGGCCUCGUCCGCGGUCCAGUGGCCAUGGAUCUGGGUGCCGUUACAAAGCAGUCAGCGCUGCACGCCAAGCCCAGCGGGCUCGUCCUUCAGUAUGGGACCGCUGGGUUCCGAACCAAAGCCCAGCACCUGGAUCACGUCAUGUUCCGCAUGGGAUUAUUAGCCGUCCUGAGGUCGAAACAGACAAGAUCCACCAUAGGAGUCAUGGUGACGGCAUCGCACAACCCCGAGGAGGACAAUGGUGUAAAAUUGGUCGACCCCCUGGGGGAGAUGCUGGCUCCAUCCUGGGAGGAACACGCCACCCGCCUGGCUAACGCAGAGGACCAGGACCUGCCAGGGGUGCUCGAGAGCAUCAGCGUGGAAGAAGCAGUGCCCCUGCGGCAGGAUGCCAUUGUGGUCAUCGGCAGAGACACUAGACCCAGUAGCGAGAAACUCUCUCAGUCUGUGAGAGAUGGUGUGGCUGCCUUAGGAGGUCAAGUGCAUGAUCUCGGCCUGCUGACCACGCCCCAGCUGCACUACGUGGUGUGCUGCCAGAACACAGGGGGACGCUAUGGAAAGGCCACCACAGAAGGCUACUACCAGAAGCUCUCCAGGGCUUUUCUGGAACUUGCCAAACAGGCGUCCUGCGGUGGAGAUGAGCACAGGACAAUAAAAGUCGACUGUGCAAACGGCGUGGGCGCCCUGAAGCUGCGGGAACUGGAGCCCCAUCUGGCACAGGCGCUGUCACUGCAGCUGGUUAACGAUGGGACCAAAGGGAAGCUCAAUCACUUGUGUGGGGCUGACUUUGUGAAAAGCCACCAACAGCCUCCGCAGGGGAUGGAGAUGAAGUCCAGUGAGAGGUGCUGCUCCUUUGACGGAGACGCAGACAGAAUCGUUUACUACUACUGCGAUGCCGGCGGCCGCUUCCACCUCAUAGACGGGGACAAGAUAGCAACGCUGAUCGGCACCUUCCUUCAAGAGCUCCUGCUAGAGAUUGGAGAAAGCUUAAAUCUCGGUGUUGUACAAACUGCAUAUGCAAAUGGGAGCUCAACACGGUAUCUGGAGGAAGUUAUGAAGGUGCCCGUCUACUGCGCCAAGACAGGCGUCAAACACUUGCACCACAAGGCCCAGGAGUUCGACAUUGGAGUGUACUUUGAGGCCAACGGACACGGCACGGUACUGUUCAGCACAAGUGUUGAAACAAAGAUAAAACAACUAGCGGAAGAGCUAGAAGAUGAGAAGAGAAAAGCUGCGAAGAUACUUGGAAACAUGAUUGACUUGUUUAACCAGGCGGCCGGCGAUGCCAUUUCCGACAUGCUGGUGGUCGAGGCCAUCUUGGCUCUGAAGGGCUGGACCGUGCAGCAGUGGGACGCGCUCUACACAGACCUUCCAAACAGACAGCUCAAAGUUAAGGUUGCAGACAGGAGGGUCAUCAGCACCACGGACGCCGAGACGCGAGCAGUCACACCCCCGGGGCUGCAGGAGGCCAUCGACGGCCUCGUGCAGAAGUACCGGCUGUCCCGUGCGUUCGUCCGGCCCUCUGGCACAGAAGAUGUGGUCCGAGUGUACGCGGAAGCUGACUCUCAAGACAGCGCAGACCACCUUGCACAUGAAGUGAGCCUGGCAGUAUUUCAGCUGGCUGGAGGAAUCGGAGAGAGACCCCAACCGUGUUUCUGAAGAUAAUUUUCAUAUUCCUGAGAAACUGGAUUUAAAAUUUUUUUGUGAAACUAUCAAUAAUUCUGACAAUACUGUGACAUUUAUAAUCAUAAUGUUUACAAUGUACCUUACUAGAUUUUUAGAUCUAAUUGCUUUUCUUAAACACUACCAGAAUGAUUCUUUAGAAAUCUGUAAGCCUUAUUAUACUUGUUAAAGAAACUCACCUCUAAUUUCAGUGUCACUAACGUAGAAUCCUGGGCUUAAGCGUACGAUUCAAUUACUAACUUCAUAGUGGCAGGCUGCUGGGAGGUCACACCUGUCACACGCACGCCUGCGAGGGUGUCUGAGCAAGAGGCCGUUUUGCAGCACUUGCUGUUGCUGCCACAGCAGAGAGGGUGGAGGGGCCUGGAGAUACCAGUGUCCCCACUGCGGAGUCUGCAGAGUGAGUGCUGGCUAGCUUGCCUAUUCAGUCCCCCCGCAGGAGCCUGGGGGACAGGGAGGCCGACCACCUCCUCAGGCUGCGUGGAACUUGGGCCACACUGGGGAGGAUGCAGGGCCCCGGCACCCUCCCUGUUCUGUGAUGGUCCAGGGAGGAAAAUUAAUUGUAAACUGUCACCCACCCUCUGCCGGAGAAGUGACACCAUUCUGAUAUUGGAACAUGGGUAAUAAGGGAAAGAAAGAAAAAAUCCCCAACCAGUGUUAAUUAAACCGAGCCUGAAACCAACA